AUGAGCAAGCUUAGUGCUUGGCUGUUCACCUCGAGCCUGCUUUCGUCUGUUCAAAAGCGCGUCGAUGCCUGGUUAUUCCUUUUAAGAGGCCCGGACAUUAUUCAAGCAAAAUAUGAAGAGUCUAAAGGAGCCCCAUUUUGGAUCCAGGCCCCUGAGAAUCGCUAUCUCGUGGUAUCGUCGUGGGACCAUAUUAAGGAAAUCGAUGCUGCUUCGGAAGAUGUUCUUUCUCUCCAAGCAGCUGCCAAAGAGAUUCUGCAGCCACGGUACACCAUGCAGAACUUCAACUGGUUUGACAAAAAGGGGGUAGAUGGUACGCCGCUUGUCAGAACUCUGCGGACUCUUCUGACAAACCAUCUGCCUGAUAUCUUGCCUGAUGCUAGGCGAUCUAUAUCUGCCCUUUUGGACAACAUGCUCGAGUCGCGCCCCUUCGCAAAUGGAUCGUAUACUUCUCCGUUGUUUCCCAUGGUGAUUGAGGCAAUUGCCUUCACGAAUGCAACAGCUUUCUUUGGAAAUAACCUCAGUCGUGACAAGGCCUUCAUGACCGCCGCCAUGAGUUUCAUCGAGCAGACCUUGAUCACAGCGGAAGUCGUGCGCCUUCUUCCCAGUGCCGUCGCGCCUCUCAUUGGAAACUUCAUGGCCAAGAAGUUGGCCUCUGGGAAGAUACUAUACAAUGCGUUGAUACCCAUCGCUGAGGAGCGCCUGGGGGAAAAGGCGCGAAAGAACCUUGGGCAGGCUGUGCCGGAGCAUCAUGAUUGCAUACAAUGGGUCAUGGAGAGCUCACCUCGGGCAAAGCCCUGGUCGGCCGAGCGAAUAGUUCAUGAACUGAUGGCCCUGUGGUUUGGGUCAGUGCACAUCACAUCAACGACUGCUUGCUUCGCUCUUCACGACCUCUGUAUUCACCCCGAGUACAUUGAGCCCAUACGGCACGAAAUCGAAAGCACAGGAUGGGCACAAUUCGAAAAGGCGGGAGGCAAAUCUUUCCCCCUGCUCGACAGCUUCAUGAAGGAAUCUGCCCGAUUGAAUCCGGUAGAGUCAGUGAGUUCUCGCCGCAUGGCUCUCAAGCCCUUUAAGCUAUCCGACGGCUCUCGAAUCGAGCCAGGCGAGUGGAUCUGCACAGCUCCUCGAGGCAUGAUGUCGGACGCUCGUUACUACGCAGAUCCGCUGCAAUUUCAAGGUUUCCGAUUCGUUGACCCCAAGCUGCUUGACAAGCAACUCUCUGCAGUCUCUGGUCACCGAGUUCCACAAGAAGCGCCCUCCAGCUUCACCGACGUCAACGAUUGGCAGCUUUGGGGAACAGGGCGUUCGGCAUGCCCCGGGAGAUUCUAUGCGACCGCCGUCAUGAAGACGCUGCUUGCGCUGUUCGUCACAAAGUACGACAUGCAGCUCGAAGAUCCCAAGGCUGCCCGAUACUUUGCAUGGCGCACAUUCAUCUACCCCUACGCAAGCACUAAGGUUAUUCUCCGCCCCCGUGCUUCUUGUAUGUAA